AUGUUUGUGGAAGACUUAAACGAAUACAUUAAAAAUGAACAACUUACAACUGAACAAAUUUAUAAUGCAGACGAAACCGGUCUAUUUUGGAAGUGUUUGCCCCAAAAUUCGUUGGCGAGUGGUGAUGAAUAUUCUAUUGAGGGGUACAAAGAGUCCAAGGAAAGAAUCACAGCUUUACUUUGUGCAAAUGCAGCUGGGCCUCACAAGUUUUAUAAGUCUAAUAAGAGAGCUUGGGUAACACAAGAGCUAUUUCUGGAGUGGUUUAACAACAAUUUUGUACCAGAGGUAAGAGAACAUUUACAACGCAUUGGUCUCGAAAAGAAUUGCAAAGUUCUUUUGCUAUUAGACAACUGUCCAGCACACCCGGAUGUAAAUGCAAUGAUAUCUGAUAAUGUUACAGUAAAAUAUCUACCACCGAAUUGUACAUCUUUGAUUCAGCCUAUGGAUCAAGGAGCCAUUCGGAGUUUCAAAUGCCAGUACCGUAAAUUUAUCGUGCAAAAACUUGUGGAUUCUAAUAGUCGACACGAAUUUGUUAAAUCUUUGAACAUUAAGUCAGCUUUAUGGACAGCAGCGACUUCGUGGGAUUCUGUAACCCCACGUGUUUUAAAUAAAGUUUGGAAUAACUUACUAUCUCAAGAUGAUGAAAAUGAUUCAACUUUUAGUAUUGAGAUACAAUCAGAUGUAUUAAUACCACCUGGUUUUACAGCUGAUGCUAUCUCAAAGUGGAUGGAGUGCGAUAUUGAUGUCGCACCGUUUGCUAUUGUAUCUGAUGAUGAAAUCGUUAACAUGGUCAAUCAAACAGAAGAAUAUGAGCUUGAGUCAAAUUCAGAGGAAUCAGAUGGAGGUAAUACGGUAGAAACCCCCACAUUAGCUCAAGCAAUAGAGGCUAGUAGUGUUUUGUUAAAGUUCUUAGAAAACUAUACUGGUACAGCAUUUCGCAUUCAACCAUUGCCGCCUUAG